UAUAUUUCCCAUAAAAAUUUGACGGUCAAAAGAAAACAGCAGGGGCAAUUCGGUCCAAUUGGAAUUAAUUUGAGAUAGGAAAAUGAAAAUGGAAUAUACCACAUUAAAAUAACGAAGAAAGGGUAUAACUGUAAUUUCAAAAACCGAAAAACAGUGAUCCCCACCCGCUAUUAAGAAUCGUCCUCAAUUUCGAUUCCCAUGAGGAAAAAUAGCAAAAGAACAGAGAAGAAGGGAAGGGGGGAAAAAAAAACUGAAGGAGCACAAAGAAGCAAAUUCUGUUCGUCGAAGAAGAAGAAUACUGAAAAUUAGAUUAGCGAAAGAGAAUUUUUGAUUUUCAAAAGCUCGAAGAAUACCCACCAACCCCAAAUAAAUUUUUCUUUUAUUCGUCUCUAAGAAAGAUUGCACUGGUAGAGGAAAAUAAUAUUGUUCUUCGUUCUCAUUCCGAUUACCUUAAGAGUUGGUAAUGGGUUCAUUAUCAGAAUCAGAAUGUGAAGUAAAUAACAGGAAGCCAUAUGGUAUAAGAUUUCUCGAGUGGAUGAGGAAAAAGCCUUUAUCCUACAAAGCACAUCAAGCCAUUGUUCUACUUGUGACAUUCUUGGCGUAUGCUAACUAUCAUGCCUCUCGAAAAACUACGAGCAUUAUUAAGAGUGCUCUUGAUCCCUUGUCUCCUGAUGUAGGCUUGAAGUUGAACCUAUGGAGAACAAGCCGGUCGAGUACACCAGUUGAGAAAACUAAUCAAUGGUCGCUCUCGAGUGGUGGUUGGGCUCCAUUUGAUGCAGCUGAAGGGACAUCUUUACUUGGUGAGCUUGACUUGGCUUUCCUAGGGAUAUAUGCUGGGGGGAUGUACUUCUCUGGCCAAUUGGGGGAUAGAACCGAUUUGAGGAUAUUUUUAACGUUGGGAAUGUUGGGAACUGGUCUGUUUACUUCGCUAUUUGGUUUAGGAUAUUGGGCAAACAUCCAUAUUUUUUAUUACUAUUUGAUAGUUCAAAUGCUCGCUGGCUUGUUCCAAUCCACUGGCUGGCCUUCCGUUGUUGCGGUGGUUGGUAAUUGGUUUGGGAAGAGCAAGAGAGGACUAAUAAUGGGUAUAUGGAAUGCUCACACAUCUGUUGGCAACAUUUCUGGCUCUCUGGUUGCAUCUGCCUUGUUGAGCUAUGGUUGGGGUUGGUCAAUGGCUGUCCCUGGUCUGAUCAUUGCAUUCUCGGGUUUGGUAGUCUUUCUGUUUCUUCCCGUGAAUCCCGAGUCUGUUGGAAUUGAUAAAGCAGGAGAUGACUUUAGCUGUCCCAAGAAAGCCGGGGAGGGAAUUACAGAACCUCUAUUGAAAUCGGAAUCGGAGAUUGAGAAGGCAGUCGGUUUUAUGGAAGCGUGGAGAAUUCCUGGUGUUGCACCUUUUGCAUUUUGUCUCUUCUUUGCCAAAUUGGUGGCUUACACAUUCCUUUACUGGCUUCCUUUCUACAUUAGCCACACAGUGAUUGAUGGGAAAUAUUUGUCAAGUACCACAGCAGGAAACCUUUCAACAUUGUUUGAUAUCGGAGGCGUAGUAGGAGGAAUUCUAGCUGGUCAUAUUUCGGAUCGCUUAGGUGCUAGAGCAAUAACAGCUGCAAGUUUCAUGUACUGUGCCAUUCCUGCCCUCUACUGCUACCGAAACUACGGUCACAUCUCCAUAACUAUGAAUGUAGCUCUCAUGUUCAUCACUGGCAUGUUUGUCAAUGGACCAUAUGCUCUAAUAACAACGGCCGUCUCUGCCGAUUUGGGUACCCACAGUUCAUUGCAGGGGAGUUCUCGUGCGCUUGCUACUGUGACAGCGAUUAUUGAUGGGACAGGCUCAGUUGGGGCUGCAAUUGGACCGUUGUUAACGGGAUAUUUAUCAGCUAAAAGCUGGAGUUCAGUGUUCGUAAUGCUGAUGGUCUCAGCUUUAAUAGCAGGGCUGUUUUUGACCAGGCUUGUUAUAGCAGAGGUGACUGCAAAGAUUGAGGAGUCGACUUCGAGAGGAAGGAUUACAUCUCAGAGUCCGGUACUCGAAGUGUGAGUUAUGAGACAACAAUGAUGACGACAACAACAACGAUAAUCCUGUGUCCCAUUGUAUUUAUCACGUGUUUGGUUCAUAAGAAGGUUGUGAACAUUGCAUCAGAACCAUGGUUGUUAAUGAAAUUUCCCUUCAUUUUUUCGAGGGGGCUCAGGGGAGAACUCCUCCAAAGUGUGUGAUUCAUUCAAGGAGAGGAUUUUGUUACAACUUCUCCAUGAAUGAUGUGUUGUUGAAUGUGGUGGGAAAAGGUAAAAUUGGUAUGAUUGUACAGUAUUUGGCAUUAUUUGUGGUAGGAAAGGUGAAAGAUGAUCCUGAAAAACCAACAAAAAUUAAGAUUGUAAAAAUCUUAUGUAGUAGUAGUAGAACACUUCUCAUGGUAUGGAUUUAUUGAAUGAAAAAGAAAAGUUACAACAGAAAGAGAAACAAAACACUUAACACUUA